AUGACGGAGGCGGCGAUGACGGAGGCGAUGAUGACGGAGGCGGUACUGGUGGCGUCGAUGGAGGCGGUGCUGACGGAGGCGGCGCUGACGGUGGCGGCGCUGACGGAGGCGGCGCUGACGGCGGCGGCGCUGACGGCGGCGGCGCUGACGGUGAUGGCAGGCGAGAGCGGCGGCAUGCCGGAAGGCGGCGGCGGCGAGGGUGGAGGCGAGGGCGGCGGCGAGGGUGAAGGCGAGGGCGGCGGCGGCGUGGGCGGGGGCGUUGGCGGCGGCGACGAGGGCGGCGGCGGCGUGGGCGGGGGCGUUGGCGGCGGCGACGAGGGCGGCUGCAGCGGCGGCGGUGGGGAGGGAGGGGGCGAGGGUGGCGGCGGCGAGGGCGGGGGCGCGGGCGGCGGCGGUGCUGGCGGCAUCGACGGAGGCGGCGACGAUGGAGGCGGCGCUGACGGAGGCGGCUUCGACGGUGGCGGUGCUGACGGCGGCGGCGCUGACGGCGGCGGCGCUGACGGUGAUGGCAGUGCGGGCGGCGGCGAGGAAGGCGGCGAUGACGGUGGUGGUGACAGCGGCGGGGUGACGGGAGGCGAGGGCGAGAGCGGCGGCAUGCCGGAAGGCGGCGGCGGCGAGGGCGGAGGCGAGGGCGGAGGCGAGGGCGGAGGCGAGGCGGCGGCGGCGAGGGUGGAGGCGAGGGCGGAGGCGAGGGCGGAGGCGGCGAGGGCGGGGGCGCGGGCGGCAGCGGUGCUGGCAGCGUCGAUGGAGGCGGUGCUGGCGGCGUCGGCGGAGGUGGCGUCGAUGGAGGCGGUGCUGACGGUGGUGGCGUCGUCGGUGGCGGUGAUGACGGAGGCGGCGAUGACGGCGGCCGUGCUGACGGCAGCGGCAGUGCGGGCGGCGGCGAGGAAGGCGGCGAUGACGGUGGUGGCGACAGCGGCGGGGUGA